GUACAAUUUUUCAAUAAAGUUAUAAUUUGUUGUAAAAUAUUCUAUAACUAUCUACCAAAAUGGUAAAACUAACGCCCGAACUCAUAAAUCAGUCUAUGCAGUUUAUUAAUCCGUGUCGAGAACGUGAAUUAGAUUUACGCGGCUAUAAAAUUCCACAAAUUGAAAACUUGGGAGCCACGCUUGACCAAUUUGACACAAUAGAUUUGUCCGACAACGAUCUCAGGAAAUUAGAUGGCCUACCAUAUUUACCCCGUCUAAAGUGUUUAUUACUAAAUAACAACCGUGUACUCAGAAUUGGCGAAGACUUGCAGGAGUGUGUGCCUAACCUAAAUUCGGUGAUUUUAAGCGGUAACAAUUUGCAAGAAUUGGGCGAUUUGGAGCCUCUGGCACAGCUAACACAUUUAGAGACUUUGUGUUUGCUUAUGAAUCCAGUGUCUACCAAACCUUACUACAGAGAAUAUAUGUCUUAUAAAUUUCCCCAUUUGCGUUUACUGGAUUUUAGGAAAAUUAAACAAAAAGAUCGCAAAACUGCACAAGAAUUCUUCCGUUCAAAACAAGGAAAGGAAAUACUAAAAGAAAUAGCUAAAAAAUCGAAAUUAAGUGCAGCGGCUGCAGCUCUCGCUGAGGCAUCGGGUAAAUCGGCGGGUAGUGCGGGAGGCAGGUUUGCCAAUCCGGAAGAUUUGCAACGUAUAAGAGAGGCAAUUAAACGUGCCAGUUCCUUGCAAGAAGUGGAACGAUUGUCACAAAUUUUGCAAAGUGGACAAAUUCCUGAUAAUUUUGUUUUAAAUCAAAAUGGUUCCACACAAAAUGGUAAUGCCAAUAAUAGUGUAACACAGGAAGUAGCCAUGGAACAUUAGUGAUUAAAUUUUUUUUUGUUUUUUUAAAUAAUAAUUUUUAGUUUUUUUGUGAAUUCAAAGUGAAUAAUAUAAAAAUAUAAAUCCGAACAAUUGAAACAA